AUGGGGAUCAAGAAAAUGUUUAUGAAGAAAGAUCCUACGGAGGAGGAGAUUGUUGAAGGUCUUAGUCGUGCUGGUAUAAGCACUAAAACUGGUAACAACAGAGAAGACAAGUUUGGUGCAUUUCGAAACUAUGCACAAGAAAGAGCACAGACGAAAAGUGGAAUGAAACCUGUUAAUCCAUACGCCAAUCAGCAACAACCAAAUGAUCCUAAACAGAAUCCAUAUGCCAAUGGCAAUGACAAUAAUGUAAAUGGUUAUGAAGGUGGCAAUGGCGGUCCUAUGUCGAAUUCCUAUCUGACUCGUGGAAGUCCCUAUGCCAAUAUGAAUACGAAUUCAGCGACGAGCAGCACGAGUGGAAUGAGCAACACGAGUGGCACGAGCAGUAAUGCAUACAAUACCAAAGGUGCAAGUGCAACGAAUAGUGCAAGUCCAUAUGGUCAACGACUGCAAGCUCGUACACCACUGCACCCUGAUCCGUAUGCAAGACCAUCUUCAUCGAGAGCUGCGUCUAGUCGACUGGCAGUUCCAACUCCAUCUGCAGGGCAAGUAUCCUCGGGCAAUCCAUAUGGUCAGUCAAGGUCGAGACAGCCGAAUGCAGAUAGGCUGUCUCAACCUGUGCAACAACCAUAUAGUCAGAAUGCUUCAGUUAGCAGAAUUUCUACCAGACAGUCUACAGUUGUUGGAGAUGGCGAGUCAACUUUGGAUUUGAAUGAUGUGAGUUCCCAUCAGAUGUUUCGCAACACCAAGCCUAUUAAGAAGCAAACUUUUGACGAUAAUUUGGAUUUGAAUGAAGAGUAUCAUCAUGAAGGAGAUGGUGGUAAUGAUGAUGAGUUUGAUUUGAAUUUGGAUAUUCCCGACGAGCAAGAGGAGGAAAUCAAUUCUGAAGAUGAGGAGGUUAAUGCUAUAAAGCAGGAUAUACGAUUUGUCAAACAGGAGUCUGUGCAGUCCACUAGAAACACGCUUCGAAUGGCACAGGAGGCUGAUGCUUCGGGAACCAACACUUUGGGGAUGUUGGGUUCGCAGUCGGAGAGGUUGUAUAAUGCGGAGCAGAAUUUGCUUUUGGGUGCUACGCAGACCCAGAUUGCUGAUGAGAAGGUGAAGGAGUUGAAGAGGUUGAACAGGUCUAUUUUUGUUCCUGCUUAUGGUAAUCCGUUUAACAAAAAGUCGAGGUUGCGUCGACAAGAAGAGGAUAUGAAGGCGCGUAAGAUGCAAGAAAAGUAUCUUCGUGAGAGUAAUCGUCAAGGUAUAUAUGAGAGUGAGCAGAGGUUGAAGCAGGGUAUAAUGAAUAAUGCUACGCUGAGUGAGACGCAUCACAAGUAUAUGGAUGAGAAGAAUUUAGCUGCGGCAAAGAGGUACCAAUUUGAGAAUGAUUCUGAGGAUGAUGAGAUGGAGAAGGAGUUGGCGUCUAAUUUGGACCAGAUUGGUUCUUAUGCCAAAAAGUUGCAUGGAAUUGCAAAUACAAUGGGUAAAGAGGUUGAUAGUCAGAACUUGAGGUUAACCAAGAUUGAAGAGGAUGCAGAUAAGUUGGAUAUCAAUGUCCAUAUGAACAGUACCAGAUUGAACAACAUUCGUUAG